AAGCUUGUGUGUCCUCGCCCUCGCCCACCGCCGUCGGCCGUGGGUCCUCGCGGAGGAGGCCGGCUGGUGUCAUUCGUACCCUUGCCGGACAGGAAGGGGGUGGUGCCUGGAGCGGGGAUAUCUGCACCGAGUCUUUAGGGAGCAGGUGGCGAAUGGGAAGAAGGGUGUUCCAGACGAGGGAACGGAGUGGGCAAAGGCUGAGGCACGGAAGGGAUGGACGUGCCCUUCGGCGCCCAUGCUUGGUUCUUUGUUGGGACCUUUGCUCACCUGGGGGGACGUUAGGAGCACCCCUCUAUGGCCUUCUUGGAAACAGCAUCCCUAGCUUCGUGUUAAACCCGAAAGGAGACCAGGGGUGUUUCAGACGGAACAGGGAUGGAGUGCAAGCGGCUGCCCGCUGGUGGGGACGCUUUUGCUCUUGCAUAGGAAUGUUGAGAUGGCUCACGCUCUGGUUCAGACCAACAGGUGUUCUGACAGUUGCUGGAGUGGGGGUAUUGGGGGAGACAAGCUGAAGGACCGAGAAAUCAUCAAGACAGAGGGAAGAGCACAGCCAUAGGACGAAAUUCGCAAGGGAGCACUUCCCAAGCACUUAGCGCAUCCACUUUAAUGAGACUUGAAUGUCUCAUCCCAUCCACUCGCCUGGCAGGUCUCAGGGUCUCCUAAGAAAGUCACAAAGAAGAGGCCAUGGAUGUUGAAUCGGGGAGGAACAAGAAGAAGCAGUCUUUCGUGAAGUGGUCAGUUUUACCCGGGAUCCUCUGCCAGAUAUUAUGACAAGGACACCACCAAACCCAUCAGCUUUUACUUACCUUCGCUGGAGGAACUCUUGGCGUGGACGCCCGAUGCGGAGGACAGCUUUAAUGUGGCCCUGGAACCCCUCAAGUGUCGGCAGCCCCCUCUGAGCAGCCAGAGGCCCCGGACAUUGUUGUGCCAUGACAUGAUGGGCGGAUACCUGGAUGACAAGUUCAUUCAGGGCUCGGCGGCGCAAAAUCCCUAUUGCUUCUACCACUGGCAGUGUAUUGACAUCUUUGUGUACUUCAGCCAUCACCUGGUGACCAUCCCCCCCGUGGGCUGGACCAACGCUGCCCACAGGCACGGGGUCUGUGUGCUGGGGACUUUCAUCGCCGAGUGGAAAGAAGGUGGGCGGCUCUGUGAAGCCUUUCUGGCCGGGGACGAGCGCUCCUACCAGGCGGUGGCCGAUCAGCUCGUCCUGAUCGCCCAGUUUUUCCGUUUUGAUGGCUGGCUCAUCAACAUCGAGAGCUCUCUGAGUCUGGCCGCGGUGGGGAACGUGCCCCCUUUCCUCCGGUACCUGAGCACGCAGCUCUGUCGGCAGGUCCCGGGGGGCCUGGUGCUCUGGUACGACAGCGUGGUGAGCAGCGGGCAGGUCAAGUGGCAGAACGAGCUCAAUGAGCAGAACCGGAUCUUCUUCGACUCCUGCCACGGCUUCUUCACUAACUACAACUGGCGGGAGGAGCAUCUGGACAGAAUGGUAGCGCAGGCCGGCGAGCGCCGGGCCGACGUGUACGUGGGAGUGGACGUGUUCGCCCGGGGCAACGUCGUCGGGGGCCAGUUCGACACCCACAAGUCGCUGGAGCUGAUCCGGAAGCACGGAUUCUCGGCCGCUCUCUUUGCCCCUGGCUGGGUGUACGAGUGUUUGGAGAAGAGGGAUUUCUUCCAGAACCAGGACAAGUUCUGGGGCUUGCUGGGACGCUACCUGCCCCCACACAGCAUCUGCUCUCUGCCCUUUGUCACUUCUUUCUGCCUGGGCAUGGGGACUCGAAGAGUGUGCUACGGCCAGGAGGAGGCGGUGGGGCCCUGGUACCACCCGAGCGCCCAGGAAAUCCAGCCCCUGUUUGCAGAGCACAGGCCGGAAGGGGACGGGCAGGGCUGGGUGAAGACGCACUGCUGCCUGGCAGACGCCUGGAACGGGGGCAGCUCCCUGCUCAUCCGCGGGGUGAUCCCGCCCGAGGUCGGGCACGUGGCUGUGAGGCUGUUCUCCCUGCACGUCCCGGUGCCCCCCAAAAUUUUCCUGUCCAUGGUGUAUAAGCUUGAAGGGCCUUCGGAUGUUGGGGUGGCGUUGGAGCUCACCACCGGGGAUGCGGGCAGCUGUCACGUCGGUGGCAUCUCGACAUUGAGUGCAGAAGCGAGCUCCAGGCACAGCCCCCGCCCCCUCCGGGUGCCCCCCACCAAGCUGGCCAGAUGGGUGGGCCACUGCGGCCAGCAGCUCAGCGGGGGCUGGGUCCAGCGCUGCUACGAGGUGAACCUUCGGGGCUGCGUCCUGCAGGACCUCUGGGUCAGCUUCUCGCGGCCUCCCGGCAGCCGGGAGCAGGAGGCCUUUGUCUGCCGCCUGGGAGAGCUCCAGGUGGUGGAUGCCAACAGCCUGCUCAGCCCUCUGCCCCGGGUGCAGGCCGUCAGUGUCUCCCGGGUGCGCUGGCAGCGGGCCGCCCCCGAGGAGGAGGAGGAGGAGGAGGAGGAGGAGGAGCGCCCGGCUCGGCUCCAGCUCAGCUGUGCUCUGCACUGGUCCUACCCUCUGUCUCACGUCCGAUGCUUCCGCAUCCACUGCUGCAGAGCAACCGGCUCUCCUGCGGAGGGGCCCCCGGGGCCGGAGAAGCCCGCACUCCUGGGCCUGGCGUUUGUCAACCAGUAUCGCGUAGUGGACCUGGCGGUGGCAGCCGCGGGGCCAGGCAUGGACGGCCGCGUGGAGUUCCUGGUGGAGCCCGUCCCCAGGGAGGGAUUUCUGGUGCCGAAGGCCGAGUGGGGCCGGGCGGCCCUGCUCUACUCCGGGCCCCACACGUGAGCGAGCAUUAAAGCACAGACCUUCCCGGC